AUGGGUACAAUUAUAGAUAACAAUUUAUUUAAAAGAGUUUUAUUAAACAAGUAUUUAUUAAAACAUAUUAAACAAUGUAUCAUCUAUUGUAAUAGAUUAGAUGUGGCUAGGUCAAUUCAAGACAGGGUCGAAUUCUUUGACAAGGAUUAUUAUAAUUAUUUGUUACUUGUCUAUUUAAAAAAGGAUAUUGAUUCUUGGUAUCAUUUUGUGUCAACCGAUAAUUGUUAUCAUCAAGCUUUAAAGAGACAUGAUUGGUUGGUACAAAACAACAGUCAAACCUUUAAAGAUGACUUUUAUCUUGGCAUGUUACAGCAUCCUGCACUAGGUGCUAGAUCAUAUCAAACUGCUACCAAAGUGAAAUGGAUCAUCAAGAAUGGUUACACUUAUUUAUUAAAGGACAAGUUGGACCGUGACCAAUUCUUGUAUUUUGGACGUACUCCUUCAUGGGUUAAAUCGGCAACAGAAGAGAGACUUGCACCGCUGCAAGAUGGUCAUAUAUUGAAAUUAGUGGAUUUGGCAUUAUCUUAUUACACCAAAGAGUCGAGUGGUUUGGUUAAACAAUAUGUAGAGUGGACAAUGUUAUUUGGAAACAAAAGGUUACAAAGAAUGACUGUCGAUUUAUUGGCCACUAAAUACAAAGAUUUAUCCAUUACAUUUGGUCCAUUUAAACAACAAGUAGCGGCAAGUGGAAAUGUAGAUUUAUUCAAAGAGUUGUAUCAUACAGAGAUGGUGAAUGACAAAACAAUGUAUCAUCACUUGUCAUGUCAAGCACUUAAAAAUGGACACACUGAAAUGUUUAGAUACCUCCAUGACAACUUUAACUUUAAACUCGAUAUGAAUAUUGGUGGUUACUUUGGAGCAUUACUUUUGUGUAAAGACAAGGAACUGAUGAAUAGAGCUAUGAAAGGUACCCUAGAUGUUCUUUGUCUAGAUGUUUGGCAAGAAUUUGUCAGUUCGAUCGUGGAACAUAUUUUAAAGCCAUUCUUCACACUCGAUCAGCACCAUCUUGAUGCAAUCGCCAAUGUAUUCCAAUUGCAUAAUAUUAAAACAUUUAUCUCGGUUGAAAGAGUUCAAGAAAAACUACUCAAAUACUUGCCUGGGAAUUGGAUUGGACAUUACAAUGGAAAGGAUUAUAGUUUGGAUGAUUUAUCAAGAAUGGUUGCUUUGAUAGAAAAUGUCUAUGAUAGUGUAACCAUUACAGAUAAAAUAUUGGUCAAAUCAAUUAGUCGUAUACUAUCAUUGACAAACAACGAUGCACUUUGUAGAUACCUCAAAGACACUUUAAAAUACAAAUUUGAUUUGUUGAAACUGGCUAGUAUCGCGCUGCAUUCAAACCACAAUUCACAUAUUCAAUAUUUAUGUAGUGAAGCAGAGUUGGAGAAAUCUGGUAAUGCUGCCUCCAAAAUGUACCAUUUCAUAAACUCUAAUCAAAAUAUUUAUAAAACACUCAUAAAGGCAAUUAAAUUAAAUCAAAUCGAUCGCAUCAAGGAAAUAUUUCAACAAUAUAUUGGAACCAUCACAUUCCGAGAGGAAUUGGUUGUAAUAGCAUUGGAAACACAUAAUAUGGAAACAUUGAAAUGUGUCAGUUCUCUAUACCUUUCACGUGGUCGUUCAAUGCCCACCAACUUUGCACCAUCCAUCACAACAAGACGUACAAUCUGUAACCUUGGACAUACCUACUUUAUGUCUACCAACUUUACAGAGAUUGAGAGGUUAUUGACGCCCAAGACAUUUAACCAACGAUCAAACAUCCAUAUCGACUUUGCAAUGUAUUUUGGGUCAAGAAAUACAGUAGAAUAUUUCCUAGAGAAAACACCCUACUCUGCAGAGACUACAGGUAAUACAUAUGUACCCAUUUGUUAUGAAGGUUAUUCUCUCUAUUCUGGAUUGAGUUUAUUUUCAACAAUGGAAUCAUCACUUAUGCCUAUGGAGCGAGUACAAGAACAAAAACAACUAUUUGAAUAUGUUUGCAAGCGAACUCCAUCACAUCAUUUUAUUAUAAAUAGUGGUUCGGUAGUUAAUUUGGUUGGCAGAAUUGGAGACGUCGAUUUGGUUGACAUGGUCAUACAUCAAUCGAGUUUAUUUGGUUCUACAACAACAGAUGUUAUUAAAAAAUGCAUACUAGAGAAUGCAUUUAAAUAUGGUCAUUUAAAUCUAAUCUUGCACAUGGAUACCAAAUAUCAUCUAGCCAAAUACUCUACUGCCAAUUUACUCCGAUCUUUAGAUCAUAACCAUCUAGAUAUCAUCUCUUUUGUUUUGAAAAAAAAGAUUUCCUUGUCUCCAGAUUCUAAAAAGAUCCUAAGUCGUAGAGCUUCAACUUUAAAUAAUAUUCAAAUGUUAAAAUUAUUUGAAUAA